CUUCCGUCUAUCCUUUUUUUUGCAGAUGUAACAAAAAAAUUUAACUUUAAUUUAGUAUUAAUAGAUGAGCCAUUUAACUGCUCAAAAUAGUGGAGGCGAAGAAAUCCGAUAUGUAAUUUUUAACCAAGAUUGUAGUUCCCUGACAGUUGGUACAAACAAGGGAUGUAAACUGUUUUCCUUACUAUCAUUUGAAAAUUUAGAACAAAUUUAUGAAUAUACUAAAGAUGAGGUAUACAUAGUUGAAAGAUUAUUUUCUAGUAGUUUGGUUGUCCUUGUGUGUUUCCCAUCUCCUAGAAAGCUCAGAGUUUAUCAUUUUAAAAAGGGAACCGAAAUUUGUAGCUACAAUUAUGCAAACACAAUCCUAUCAGUUAAACUCAAUAGAGCAAGAUUGAUAGUGUGUUUAGAAGAAGCCCUAUUUAUUCAUAAUAUAAAAGAUAUGAAAGUUCUUCACACAAUAAGAGAUACACCUCCCAAUCCACUAGGUAUCUGUGCCCUAACCACAAAUUAUUUUUACAAUGCCUCACAUAUUCCAAAUGUUAAUUUGAACAAUCUUUCUAUAACAAAUAAUAACAAUAAUGGAAUAUGCUAUUUAGCUUAUCCAGGGUCUAAUACUUUUGGUGAAGUGCAGAUAUUUGAUACAAUAAAUUUGAGAGCGGUUACAAUGAUAUCAGCUCAUGAAAAUCCUGUAGCAGCGUUGGCAUUCAAUAAUACUGGUAGUAAAAUAGCCACUGCUUCUGAAAAGGGAACUGUUAUCAGAGUGUUUUCUACCACUGAAGGCAUUAAAUUAUUUGAAUUUAGAAGGGGAAUGAAAAGAUGUGUAACAGUAUUCUCCUUGCAUUUCAGUCCUGAUUCACUGUUCUUAGCCCUAUCCAGUAAUACAGAGACCGUUCACGUUUUUAAGUUGGAAAUCGUUAAAAAUAGAUCAUCGCUAGAAGAAAAUAUGUCUAACCCCUCCUCAACCCUAUCUAAAUUAAACAAUUCACCUACACAAGGUAAAUCAAAUACUUCGAAUCAAUGUCCCAUCACUACAAGUUCUAUUAAUAUGAUGGAGGCACCUACUCAUAGAUCUUCCAAUUUAUUGAACGGGGUUAUAGGGAGCGGAACGUUGGUUGAUUACUUCAACAAGGCUCUUUCCACAACUUCUAACCUUUUACCGGCUCAAAUGGGAGACAUGUUAUGGCAAAGCAGGGAUUUUGCAACUGCCUAUCUACCUUUCCUCGCUGUUAAAAAUGUUUGCGCCGUUAUGAAUCCGCCUUCAGAUUUUCAAAAAACUUCGAUACUUCAAGAAAAUAAAAGACUUCUGCUAAUAGCAUCUUAUACGGGAACCCUCUAUAUUUACGAAUUUGACCAGGAGAUCGGAGGCGAUUGUUCGUUUGUUAAAUCUUUCAAAUUUAUCAACAUUCAUAACGCUAAUGAUGAUUUAGAAAAAACGACAUCACCCCUUCCUCCCCCCAGUAAAUACAACCCAACGUCAGAACCGCCAGCGCAAAAUAUUCAUAAUCAAACCAUUCCUAGUUCUCAAGGCGUGGUGAAUGUUUCUUCUAAUAAACAGACAUUUUCCUAUGCUAAUAUAUUGGGAAAAAAUUAUUCUUCAUCCUCCUCCCUACAGCCUCCCACUACUAAUCAAUAAAUAGUUAAUUUUUUCAGAUGUUUACAAGAAAUUAAAAAAUAAAUCUGACAACUCAAUCAUCUGAAUAAUCUUACAUGAUUGUUCAAAUUUAAAUAAUAAAUAUAUAAUUUCAUAAUAACCCAGGCGAUAAGCAAAAGCUUGUUCAACAUAUUUUUUAAAAUAAAUCGUAUUGAGCACGGAGCUCCUGAAGCUACCUAUUACAUCAAUGUAUAAUCAACAAUGUAGUUAUGCAAAUAAAAAAUUUUCGCCACAAAAUCAUUCAAAUUAUUAUGUAUGACUAUGAUUAAAAAUAUUAGCUCUAUACAAAUUCAUAUUUUUUCUUAAAAGUGAUUAUUUAUAAAAUUCUAUUUUACAUCAUGGUAUACUAUUUUUAAGGAGUUAAAUUUGCUAUUUGUAGCAAUAAUACAAUGGCCUAACAUUUU